UGGUCGUAAGGAAUCCUUUAAAUUUUUUUAAUGAUACAUAAUAAUCGGUAGUGAAUAUGUGAAAUGAUCACUAGUAUUUUGUUUUUUAUUUAAGGUUAAGUGAAAAAAUUAGGUACCUAGUGAAAAGUGUUUUCUUCAUUUCGACGUAAAACAACGCAGUGUUGUUGCAUAAUGUUUAUAGUACGAAAAGGGUCGAAUGAUAACGUUAAUUGAAUGUAAAAAAAGUGAUAUUUGCAUAGGUGUAUAUAUCUCGCGGUAAGUGGCUUAUAAAAACAAUUAAUUUGUAAAUAACUGAUUUAGAUGAUUAGUUGUUUUCAUAAUCGGUCGUUCACUUCAUUCAGUAAAAAUAAACUCGCAAGUGAUAUCGACCAAGUUAUUUGCUACGAAAUUAGCAAUUCAGGUAGUGGAUGUGCCUUUUUGUAAUCAAGUCUAUUUGUUAACUUGGUGUGUGUAUGUGUAUAUGUGCGUUUUUUUUUGAUAACGCGGCGCUGUUUCGUACUUUUCGGCGGUUAAUAACCUCAAGUUCAUUGGCUCCAACGUGAACCGCGCCUCCAAAAGAUCAGUUUCAAAACGUUAAGGGCAAAAAUUUGUCUGAAUGCUUACCUACAUCUUAAGAAGUUCAUACAAAUAUUUCAGAGAAGUCCUAUAAUUUAUUGUUUAUCAUUAUGCAGCAUUUAUUUAUGAAACGCAGGUACAUAAAAUGGAAAUAGACGUAGUUAACAAUUUAAAAAAUAAAAUGUUGGAUAAACUGAUUAUAUUAAAUCCGUAAAUUGAACAGUGUAUCGCUUUAAAUAUCCGGAGGUUCUUUUACCUUCGGCCAUGCGCUCGUCUGCACGUUGGCGUGCAGAAUUAUGUGAUAAUAUCGCGAGUGAGGAAGAUAAUAGUGUCGAAACGUCGAAUCGAACGUUUAACUUUAAAAUAAAAUGGACUCGUUUCCCGAGUUAUUCGGUACUGGUGACAGCUCUAGUUGGAGUGUUUCGGGCGAUCGAGAACUAGGAAGAGCGGAUAAAGUAUCUAGUGCCGAUUCAACAACUCCUCCUCCCCAAAUUGAUGAUAGGGAGGAGCGCAAAAAUACAAAUUCAAUUAGAGCCCAAAUUGAGAUAAUCCCGUGCAAGGUAUGUGGGGACAAAAGCAGUGGAGUACAUUACGGAGUUAUCACUUGUGAGGGAUGCAAAGGCUUUUUUCGGAGAUCGCAGAGCUCCGUGGUGAAUUAUCAAUGUCCGAGAAACAAAAACUGCGUUGUCGAUAGAGUGAACCGGAAUAGAUGUCAGUACUGUCGAUUACAGAAAUGUCUGAGAUUGGGCAUGAGUCGAGACGCUGUGAAGUUCGGUAGAAUGUCAAAAAAGCAGCGAGAAAAAGUUGAAGACGAAGUUCGAUUUCACAGAGCACAGUUAAGGGCGCAAAGCGAUUCCGCACCCGACAGCUCAGUUUUUGACCCUCCCACACAAUCAACAGGGGAUCAAAUCCUUUUUAGCAACGGCUAUACGUAUAGUAAUGAUGUCGGUGCCUAUACGUCGUAUUAUACAGGUCAAACGCAAAUUCCACCCAAUAGUUUAGGCUACGAUAUUUCCGCUGAUUUCGUCGAUAGUACCACGACGUACGAUCCCAGACCGGGACGCGAGAUGGAUGCCAUCGACGAAAGUCUGAUGUCUGGUGGGGUUAUCACGCUAGGCAAUACUAACAGUAAUGGUGACGGGGGAGGUGGAGGAGGAGGUGGAGGUGGUAGUAAGCAAACAUUAACAAUAAGUGAGAACCGCAUAUUCAAACGAUUAACUCAAACUUCGAGUACGACCCUCUCAGGUGGUACUAUGGUAUCGGUAAAACAAGAAAACAACGUCGAACCCCUUGUACCCGCGUAUGUAGAUGUAGAUAGUACAACUUUUAUUAAUUCCCCCAAUGUAUCUAGGCAGUCGACGAUGACGCAAAAUGUACAACAGAGAAGCGGCGAUGAGUGUGAGUCAGUUACUUCACCCAAUCCAAGUCAGAUAUCGGAAUUGCUUUCGAGAACCAUAACCGACGCACAUAUGCGAUCAAUUGUAUACACGUUGGAAGACAUCCACGAACUGUUCCGCAAACCUCACGAUCUCUCACGACUGUUAUUUUAUAAGAACAUGGCGCACGAAGAAUUGUGGCUCGAUUGUGCUCAGAAACUCACCGCGAUUAUUCAACAAGUUAUUGAGUUCGCUAAAAUGGUACCUGGAUUCAUGAAGUUGUCGCAAGACGAUCAAAUCGUUUUACUCAAAUCGGGGAGUUUUGAAUUAGCGAUAGUCCGGAUGUCGAGAUUUAUGGAUAUAUCUCAUAAUUGUGUCUUAUACGGAGACACGAUGCUACCCCAAGACGCUUUUUUUACUUCGGAUACUGCCGAAAUGAAAUUAGUAUCGUGCGUAUUCGAAGUAGCAAAAGGUAUAGCGGAGUUGAAACUGACGGAAACGGAGUUAGCUCUAUACGCCGCUAUAGUACUUCUGUCUCCAGAUCGAUCGGGACUGAAAGGAAUAUUAGAGACAGGACGAUUGAACCAAGCUAUUCUAAGGGCUCUCAGAAUGGAACUGGAUCGUAGUCACAGUUUACCUAUCAAAGGGGAUGUGACUGUUUGUGACGCACUAUUAACAAAAAUUCCAACAUUGAGGGAAAUAAGUAUGCUCCACAUGGACACGCUGGGAAAAAUAAAGAGAUCGGCUCCCCAUUUGGAAUUUCCAGCGUUACAUAAGGAACUUUUUAGUGUUGACAGUUGAAGCGAUAAUUCUCCUUAACUGUCUUUAAGGGCAGCAUAGGGUAGCUACUAAAUAAAUAAAAAUUAUUUCUAUGGAAAAACACGUUAUUUAUUAAAAUAGACCUUAUUUUUUUUUGUUGCAGAUUCCUUCUUACUGAAUGUAUCGGCCUUAAAUAUUAAAAUAUAAUUUCGUUAUUACAAUUGAAAAUUUAUUGUUGUAACAUAGAAAUUUAACAAAUUAUCGCAGAUCUCUAAUGAUUUGUUUAAAAAACCGCAAUAAUAUAUUAUUUAUAACGCUAACCAAGCCCUGAUUUAAAAGUACAACUUUUCCUUUUAUUUUUAUUGAUACAUUUUCAAAAUACCUCAAAAAACAUUUGAGAUAUGAAUUUAUCAAAAUAAUCAGAUUUCAAAAAUAGUCAUUCAGACAAUUCAACUGUCUUAAAGCUCUAAAAAUUUUUUUUCCGCUCCUUUUAACUGACGAUAUUUUUGAAUUUUUUAAGUUUUCUUUGUUCUUUUCCUUAUUUGUUUUUUUUAUAGUUUUUUUUAGUUUAACAUUAUAAUUUGUUUGAUAUUAAAUUGGAAACAUUUAUAAGUCGCAUUCUUAGAAAAUGGAUCAAAAGCAUUUUAAUUUAAUUUUUUUUUAUAAAACAUUGGCUUAAUUUUUAUUCUGUGAAUUCAUAUAUUUUUUUCGAAAAAUACUAGAAAACAAAAUACAACUCUCUAGUUUUUCAUUUUUCUCAAUAAUAUCUUUUAUUACUUUUAAAAUGGUUAAAAAGAAACGCAAGAUGAAAAAAAUCAACCCCCUAUUUUUUAUUUCAAUAGUUUCAAAAAAAAAAACAAAAUUAUCAAAACUUUUUGGCAUAUUUCUUGAAAAAUUGUGAGGUUAUACUACGAAAGAAAUUGUGAAUUUGUUUCAUUUUCUACAAUGGUGGUUUUCAAAUUUGUACAACGCACCCCUUCGUAUCAAAAAUAAAAAAUGGACAUUAAUUUAUCAUUAGGCAAAUAUUUCCUCAAGAAUUUGCAAUUUGACGGAAACCAAUUCGUAUUUUCCCAAAUAAAAAAAAGGAUUAAAAUAAAGAAAAAUAAUUUUCCACUAAUUAAAAAAAAAGAAUAAUUGUUAAAAAUUGUGAGGUUAGAUGUCAGAAGAAAAUAUGAAUUUUUCCAUUUUACAUAAUAGUGGUUUUCAAAUCCAUACAUUUAUAAAAUUUUCUUCUUUUUAUUUUGUGAAUUAGAAAACAGAUGAAAAUCGUCAUUAAUUUAUUUUCAUUAAAAAUUAUUUUUAAACUUUCAGUAUCACUGAUCAAAUUGCUUUUUUCUCAAAUAUAUUAUAGAUUUUUAUUGAAAACAAAGAAAAACUACUUUUCCACUAAUUUCAAACGAAAAACAAUAUUUUCCAGUGCAAAAGAAAAAUCAAAAUCAACGAAACAUGUUUUUGCAUAUUAAAAAUUGCGAGUCCAGAUGACAAAAGAUAAUUAGAAUUUUUUUAAUCAAAUAUUUCCUGUUGUUUUUAAUUUCAAUUUUAAUUAGACUUUUGUCCAUUUUUCGAAAAUUAUUGAAAAAAAAAUUAAGUGAAAGGUUAAAAGAUAUGAACCAAAGGCCAAAAAAUUUUUUUUAUUUUUUUUUAAUUUCUAAAUCUAUUAUUAAAACAACUAACUUUCAAUUUGUUUUUCUUUUAUAAAAAACGCCCCCUUCCAUAAUUGUAAUAUUUAAGAACAUCUAAACAUCAGAAUAUUUAAAUUAUUAUUUGGUUAUAAAUAUGCUUUUUAUGCAAUUUUAAACCAAUCUAAAAUUCGAAAACUUUCGGGAAAAAAACGUUUCGUUUUUUGAUUCAUAGAAUUAAAAUUGUUAAAGAAACGCAAAAUUUUAUUUUUUAUCCAUGGAAAUAUUAGACAAAAAUCAUUUUUUUUUCUCAACAAUAUUAUUUAAAUUUUUUUUACUA